AAGUUAUCUAACAUAUGUUUUGCUUUUUUGUCACUUGAAGAAUUAUAUAAUAAAGAGUAUAAAGCGGAAACAGAAGUAAGUAGAUGACCGGAGUGCACCCUCUCACUCUUGUCCUUACUCUUCGGCUGAACCAGUCAGACUACAGGAAGGGCAGUGUGGACAUCAGUGUGGAGCAGAGAUAUUUCAUUAUCCCAGGAAACAUGACAACAGGGGAGGCCACUCGAGGGUUAAGGUUGUGUCUGCAUCACAUGGCUCUGCUCCGAAGAUACCCACAUCCCGGCUCAUCACUCCAAACAACCAGAUCCUUCAGCUCACUCAGGGAAGGGAAGUGCAGAGGGCUGUUAUGGAAGACGCUAGUUGGCAUCUCCGUGGGUGUACCUGUGGCAGUGGGUGUCCAGUAUGCUGUGUCCCAACCCAGAGACAGGAGGAGGAUGAAGAUAGUGAUUGAAGGAUUUGGUCGCUUCUGCAGAUCUCUCUCUGUGGGAAUGUUAAUCUCUGUGGAUUACUGGUGGACCACCAAUAUGACUCUCCGUGGCCAAGAUGAGAGCAGUCCAUCCUACCUGGCCGAGAUGUCGGCAUGCCACCAAAGGGCGGCAGAGUGCAUGGUGGAAGGAGCCAUGAGCAACGGGGGACUGUACGUAAAACUUGGCCAAGGUCUGUGCUCCUUCAACCACCUCCUACCGCCCGAGUACAUCCGCACCCUGCAGAUACUGGAAGACAAGGCCUUAAACAGGAGGUCCAACGAGGUGGAUGUUCUCUUCCGGGAAGACUUCAACAAAACCCCCGAGCAGGUUUUUAAAACAUUUGACCACGAACCCAUGGCUGCCGCCAGCUUGGCCCAGGUUCAUAAGGCCGAACUGUUCGAUGGGACUCCUGUCGCUGUGAAGGUGCAGUACAUUGACCUCAGGGAUCGGUUUGACGGCGAUAUUAGGACGUUGGAGAUCCUGCUGGAUGUCGUCAAGUUCAUGCACCCCAGCUUUGGAUUCCGAUGGGUUCUUAAGGACUUGAAGGCUACACUGGCUCAGGAGCUGGAUUUUGAGAACGAGGCCAAGAAUUCCGAGAGGUGCGCAGAGGAGCUGAAACACUUACGUUUUGUCGUUGUACCCAAAGUCUUUUGGGAGCAAACCAGUAAGAGAGUGUUGACAGCAGAGUUUUGCGACGGUUGCAAAAUCAACAACGCUGAAGAAAUUAAAAGACAAGGCUUAAGUCUGAAAGAUACUGCGGACAAACUGAUCCGAACAUUUGCUGAACAAAUAUUCUACACUGGGUUCAUCCACGCUGACCCUCAUCCUGGAAAUGUCCUGGUGAGACGGGGUCCUGAUAACAAGGCAGAGUUGGUACUCUUGGACCACGGCUUGUACGAAUACCUCAGUCAACGUGACCGAGUGGCCCUUUGUAAACUCUGGCGGUCCAUAGUCCUGAGAGACGAAGCGGCGAUGGAGAAGUACUCCAAAGCCCUCGGCGUCAAAGAGUACUUCCUGUUCUGCGAGAUGCUGCUGCAGCGACCCAUCAACAUGCGCGAGCUGGGUCUGUCCAACAUCCUGAGUCGAGAGGAGACCACCUAUAUGCGCGAGAUGGCCAGCCACCGAUUCGAAAGCAUCAUGCGGGUGCUGAAGUCGAUGCCUCGGCCCAUGCUGCUCGUGUUCCGCAACAUCAACACGGUCCGGAGCAUCAACAUCACCCUCGGGGCACCGGUGGACCGCUACUUUGUCAUGGCCAAGAGUGCGGUGCGAGGCUGGGGGAAGAUUCAGGCAGAGAAGAGAGGGAUACUGCCCAGGCUCUGGAUCUUCCGCUGGGUGAGGACAACGUGGGAGGGCCUUAAGUUUGAACUGGCUUUGAGAUGGGAGACGGCAGCGAUGAGUCUGAUGCGUUCGUUCCUGAGCCUGCUGUCGUACUUUGGGUUUAUAUCUCUGGACGCAGACAUGUACGAGUACCUGAGGUAGCGCACAGAUGUGUCGGCACACUACGAAGGAACAGAAUAAGUACAUAUUGUUAUGUUCAAGCACAUGUUAAUGCAAUACAACAGCCUUUCACUUUUGUAGCAGCUUUAAAAGCCGGUGCUGCUCCAGUGUGCGCUUGGUUUCCACACCAAAUCAUCCUGGAUUCUGCUGUCAGACAUGACUGUGUUUUUUUUAUUUUUUAUAAAUGGGUGAGAAUGUUUUAAACUGCAUGACUGUGACGCACCAAACCCACUCCAGUGUCCACUCCCAGAGGCCUAUUGUAAAGUUUUUAAUUAAGUUAUUAGCAUAUAUAUUUAAUGGUAUUUACCUCUUCAAAUUAGUGUUGGUGUAAUCUUAGUACAGCAAAUUGUUUUUGAAAUUUUAAGCUGCAGUUUGUUU